UUCGAGCGCCCGGGGCCGUGCGGGGCUGUGGCGGCCAUGGCGGCGGCCCCGGAGUUCCACCUGCCCCUCGCUGCCGCCGAUCUGCUGCGGGAUGGCGGCCCCGGGUGCUACGUGGUGCAGGAGGUGCUGGCCGCCCGCGACCUGCCGCCCGCACUCGCAGCUUUCCGGGCCGCCUCCCGUGCGCGGGGCGCGCUGGCCGUGCUGGAGCACUUCGACUGCGUGUACAGCGUGCUGCACCACUUCCGAACCGUGGGCACGGCUGUCAAGGAGGACGCCCUGGAGCUGAUGAUGCACGUGGUGUCCCAUCAUUCCAAUGAACUUCCCACUAUCCUGAGUGACUCUGAGCUGAGCCAUGCAGACCGGGCUGCUCACCUCAAUGCUCUUAAGAUGAACUGCUAUUUGCUGACUGGCCUGAUGGAUGCCUUUGAAGUGGAAACCUGCAAGAACAGUUGCUUGGAGGCAGACCCUGGUAGGAAGAACAGGAAGAACCAUGCCAAGACUUCUGGAUCCUUGUGGGAAGAGGAGAGGGAGCCGCUUUUACGGCUGCUUACACAGCUGCUGCAGCUGGAUCUCCGUCAGCUUUGGGGUGGUCUAGUGGUGGAAGAAGAGUUUGUCAGCUUGAUGACGAGGAGCUGCUACCGUAUCCUGGAGAACCCAAGUAUCGGCCUUCAGAGGUACCGGCUCACACGGGAGGCUGUGACACAUCUGCUUGCUGCAGCUCUGCUUCACUGUGACCGCAUGUUCAGUGCCACUCUGAAGAUCACACAAAUGCUGCAGCACUUCGAACAUGUAGCCCCAGUGUUUGCACAGGCUGUGAGCCUCUGGGCUAAAGAGUAUGGUCUAAAAAGCCUGGUGGGUGAACUGCUAAGGGAAAUUGGACAGAUAUGUCCCCAGGAUUUGGCUCGUGAGGCUUCUGGAGUCAAGGGUUAUGCUACUUUUAUAAGUGAACUGGCUGAACAGAUUCCAGCUCUGGUGCUCUCCAACAUGAGUGUUCUCCUGCCUCACUUGGAUGGGGAGAGUUACACGAUGCGAAACGCCAUUCUGGCAGCCAUGGCAGAAGUGCUGGUGCAGGUGCUGAAUGGUGACCAGCUGGAGGAAGCAGCCCGUGGCACUCGGGACAAGUUCCUGAGCAUGCUGCAGGCCCACGUGUGCGACGUCCAUAGCUUCGUGCGCAGCCGCGUGCUGCAGCUCUUCACUCGCAUCGUGCAGCACAAGGCCCUGCCUUUGACUCAGUUUCAGGCUGUGGUGUCGCUGGCUGUUGGGCGGCUCAAAGACAAAUCUGUCUUAGUGGUUAAGAAUGCAGUCCAGCUCCUGGCUGCGUUUUUGUCCAAUAACCCCUUCUCCAGCAAGUUAAGCUGGACUGCCUUGGAUGAGCCACUAAAGAAAGAAGUACAGAAACUGAAAGAAAUGAGGGAUCGUAGCAGACCCAGAGCAGUAGCUCCUGUGAUCGCCCCAGAGGAAGAGUGGGAAGCGAUGCUGCCAGAAGUCAGGGCUGCCACACAGCAGCUUUUUCAACCACUGCAGGAAGGAGAAGAUGAAGUGCUGGAAGUUGAAGAAACAGCGGAGAGGACAGUGGAGCAAAUCACUGGGCUGUUGAAGAAGCUGAAUUACAAGAGCGCAGCCCGCCUUACGCAGAAGGCCCUGUGUCGCUUCCAGGGAAAGGAACCUUUCGUGGGCCCUGGGGAGGAAAACGAGGAGGCAACAAUCCUGGGUGUUCUGAAGAGACUUUACACAGGUUCAUGCCCAGGUGAGAACAGUGAGGAUCCUCCACAUGACAACAGCAGUGACAAGAUUGAAGAAGUUGUACAAGAAGAGCAGCCUCAAACAGAGCUGGUCAAACAGGAGAUGUUGGUGCACUACCUGCAAGAUGCUUACAACUUCUCAGUGAAAAUGACAGAAGCUCUGAACCUGAUCAGCAAGAUGAUGUACGAAAAUUCUGUCUCAGUGGUGCAGGAAGCCAUUGAGUUCUUCGUGACAGUCUCACAGUUUGGCGUGCCCCAGGCACUGCUUGGAGUCCGCAGGAUGUUGCCCCUCAUAUGGUCAAAGGAGACUGGAAUUAAGGAGGCUGUGCUCAGUGCCUACAGACAGCUCUAUCUGAGCCCCAGCGAGGAUUCCAAGAGGGCCAAGGCACAGGCCCUGGUGCACUCUCUGUCUCUCAUCAUGGUGGAUGCAUCACUGGGAAUGCUACAGUGCUUAGAGGAGAUAAUCUCAGAGUUUGUGCAAAAGGAUGAAAUCAAGCCUGCUGUGACCCAGCUGCUUUGGGAGCGGUUCACGGAAAAGUCUCCGUGCUCGACGCUGGAGUGCCGCGCUGCCGUGAUGCUGCUGGGGAUGAUGGCACGAGGAAAGCCAGAGAUCAUAGGUACCAACCUGGACAUCUUGGUGACAGUGGGGCUGUCUGAGAAGGCAUGUGAAGACUACAGGCUGCCUCAAGAAGUAUGCAGUGUUAUUUCCAAGCUUGCCAGUAACCCUAAGCCAGCACUGGGGAAGAACAGUGCCCCUUUUCGACUGCCCCAGAACCACGUGCUCUUUGCUUGCCUGAGUGAGACUGUGAGUAAAGGCUUUGCCCAGCCAAGCAGUCACUGGAUCCCCUUCAUGGAGGCAGCUGUAACACUCAUCUACCAGAUGGCAGAAGGGGCAGAGGAGAUCUGUGCUGACAUCCUGCAUGUGUGCAGUCAGCAAGCUCUGGAGAAGCUGCAGGAGGCUGAUGAGCAGAAAGCUGAUGCAGGGGAUUCUCCACACAGAGUCUCUGAUGGUUCUGGCAGUCUCUCCACAUUCCUGCUGCUGCACCUGAUGGCCCUUGUGGGACAGGUGGCACUGCAGCAGGUAGUGUACUUGGAAGUGUCAGUGAGUGCAGAGCUACGCAGGCGCCGCCUCCUCAAAGAGGAGAAGACCAAGAAACAAUCUGACACCAGCACAAAGAAGCAGAGACACCAGAGCACAGGGAACGAGACCACUAUGGAGGAGGAGCUAGGCCUUGUGGGAGCCACAGCUGAUGACACCGAGGCCGAGCUCAUCCACAGUAUUUGUGAGACAGAACUUCUGGAUGGGAAGCACCUGCUCUCUGCCUUUGUUCCACUGGUGCUGAAGAUCUGCAACAACCCUGGACCCCACGGUGACUCGGCGCUGUCAGCUGCUGCAGCCCUCACUCUUGGCAAACUCUGCAUGAUCAGCUCUGAGUUCUGUGACUCCCACUUGCGUCUGCUGUUCACCAUGAUGGAGAAGUCCCCCCUGCCUGAUGUGAGAUCCAACCUCAUAAUUGCAGCAGGAGAUCUAGCCAUCCGCUUCCCCAACCUGGUGGAGCCUUGGACAUCACAUCUCUAUGCCAGGUUGCGGGACCCCUGCCCCAGUGUGAGGCAGACGGCUGGGCUGGUGCUGACUCUGCUCAUCCUCAAAGACAUGGUCAAGGUGAAGGGCCAAGUGAGUGAGAUGGCAACUCUGCUCGUAGACCCAGAGGAGGCAAUUGUGGCAGUGGCUCAGAACUUCUUUGGUGAACUGGCCAGCAAGGGUAAUGCUGUCUAUAACCUGCUUCCAGACAUCAUCAGUCAUCUCUCGGAUCCUAACAGCGGCAUAGAGGAGGAAUCCUUCCACACUAUUAUGAGACAUCUGUUCUCAUAUAUUACAAAAGACAAACAAACAGAGAGCUUGGUGGAGAAACUUUGUCAGAGAUUCCGGACUGCCAGGACUGAGCGUCAGCAUCGGGAUCUGUCCCACUGCCUUGCUCUGCUUCCAGUCUCGGAGCGGGGCCUUCACAAGCUGCAGGACAACUAUGACUGCUUUGCAGACAAGCUCCAAGAUCCAGCUGUCUACAAUUGUUUCCAAACUGUGCUGGCUCGAUUCCGCAGAGCAGGCGUCAAACCUGAGGCUAAAGCUCUAGCUGAAGAGCUGGAGCAGAAGCUGUCUGCCUCCCAUAAGCGAGGACUGGAUUCCACAGAGACAUGCCAGGAUGGUAGUCAGACUCCAAAGCCAGCACCAGCCAAGCGGAAACCAAUAGGAAGUUCACGGCGCCAGCCCCUAAGCCCAGCCAACUCAGAUAAUGAUUUUGUCACGCCCCCAUCCCGCAUCCUCCAAAAUCAUAAGCGUGCCCAGAAGCGCCCUCCACGCAAAAAAACCGUCAUUACCUUCUCCAGCGACGAGGAGAACAACUCUGAGGAUGAGCUAUUGGCAGAAUUAAGAGAGGAAGAAACCCCCACCAAAACAACUCCCAUCACCAGAUCUUCAGCCCGACGGCGGCGCUGAAGGAACCAUCUGCCACUGCCUUUAACUAAAAAUAAAACUCCCUUUAUGCAACCGUCGCCUUCUCUUGUCUCAACUACCCCAGAAUACAACAGUGCUUUAAAGGAGGACAAAAUGGAAGUUAACACCAGCAUAAAGCAAUUCCAGCCCUUUCUUCUGAUAUCUCCACAAAGAAAGGCAGUGAUGAUGAACAUGGCACUUGGACUGAUUUUGCCCUGACUUUGCAGAUGAGAAUAAGCUCCUCUUAUUAACUUUUUUUUUUAAUCUUUGGAAGAAAGUCUAAGAAGAGCCAAACUACCCACAGAGUACAAAAUGCUCAUUCCUUUCUUAUUUUGUAUGUACUUUAUUCUACACUAUUCAGCUUUUAUCACAGCACCAAUGCAGUGGUGUUGGGUUUAGGCCCUUUUAUAUUUCAUGCUUUUUGAAGCUCUUAUCCUGUAAAUCCAAGCUGAGGGUUUUGAGGUGAAGGCACCUGCAUGUUUUUCUUGUGUAUAUUGCAUCAAAGAAGUGUUCAGGGAGUGGGGUGUGAGGAGAAAGAGAGAGAAAGGCUACCUUAGACUAGAGCACUUGAAUAAACAAUAGGUAAAGUCCAUAGGAAAAAAUACAUCUUUAAAAACUAAAAAACAAAACCAACCCAACACUAAAACUUUAGAAGUAAUUUGUAAUAAUGCUUAUUUGAUAAGUUACUAAGAAUACUGAUACCCUUGAUUGUCUUACUGCUUUCUGGAAUGUAUUUGCUGCAAAUCCAAUUAUGUUUCAAGUAAAA